AUUUGAACCAUUUGAAGCUCAAGGUCACUCUCCGCAUGUUCUCCCUUUUUCUGUCAAGUUAGAGAGCUGUUCUGUCUUCAUUCUUCAGUAUUCUAAAUAAUAAAUAAAACUCUUUUUUUAACUCUCUCAAACCAUUCUUUGUACUUCAAACCACUUACUGUACAUUCAGAUCACAUUCAAUAUAUUUUCGGAACAGAUGUCAUCGUUACAAUAUCUGAUACUAGCUUACAUAUUAAAUCCCUGGGUAAGCGCUUAUUGCCUACUUUGAAGAUCACGGAUUUAAAUGGAUCUGACAUUCCCAAGUCAUACAUUUUAUGGUGUUGAGUUCCCGGCAGUGGUAAAUAAUGUAGAGACUGCUAUUGAAAUGCUUGGUGGACUCAGUCAAAUAUCUGAGGUAUUCGCUGACGAAAAACGUCGUUUAAAUCUCUCUUUUCGUCCGCAUAUGGUGUAUUCAAAGCCUGCUUGUGGAGAUGGUCGUUCGUCCAACUCAUUUAUCAUACGUAUUCAGCGCCUUAGGAAUAAGGUCACAGGCGAGCUCAAAUUAGUUCCUGUUAUUCUGGGGCGCGUAACUCGGGUUUAUAAAUUCGAUGCUAUGGCUGAUUUUCAGUUUGGUCCAUUUGAGCGUGUUCCGACUACAGAUAAAAGUGAAGGAUCUAAAGUCAUUCCACCUAAUUAUAAAAUAUUCUACAAUGAUCUCAUAAUCAAGGAUCCAACAACAAUGAUUGAUUCUUAUUUAUCUCGUGAUAUGCCAUUGUAUCUACCACCGGUCCUGUUUAGUCGCCAAGAUACUCCAAUUUUUUACAAUUUUGCUCCUCGUUAUCGCACGACUGAGUACAUUCAACUUGAAGAAAAGAGUCAUAAACUGCCAGUUUCAAGAAAGGCCCGACCGACGUUUGGAUAUCUAGUGAACUUGGAUGAUGUAACUCCUACUUCUCCUAGGCCUGGAGCGAUACAACGAGUAAUAAAUCUUGGGUUAUCUGCUAUUCAAGUAAAGGAUGAAAUUCAAAAACUCUUCGAUGAGCGACCGAUUUGGAUGCGUCCAGCAUUGGCUUACCACAUGCCUGGAGAUACUCGAUUGAUUUAUUUUACUCAGAUACUUCCUUCUGUAGCUUACUAUAUGAUUCGUGGACCAUGGAGUCGAGCUUGGAUCCGGUAUGGUUACGAUCCUCGCAAAGAUCCCGAAGCUCGCCGUUAUCAAGUAAUUGAUUUUCGAGUACAAGCUUAUAUGGUUGUACGUAAAUUAUUAUGUCAUUCUUCAUCAAGGAAACGUAUGCUAUGCACGGAUGCCAAUAAACGAGUUUUAGCGGAUUGUCGUAAAUCUUAUGAAUCUAUAAAUUCCAGGGAGGAUAGUUUCUUUGACGAAAUUUUGAACAGCUCGAAGAAAUCUCAAGAAGAUAAUAUCGACCACGAUGGAAACGAUGAAUUAGAUCCGACUAUCAUUGAUGAUGCUGAGGAUGACGAUGCUGAUGACAGAAUACAAAAAAAUUUAGGCAAGGUUGCAGAUUAUCGUUUUGGACCUAAUAACUGGCCAACUACACAUCAAGUCCGUUAUUGUCUCUCAGAUAUAGAGAUCCCUGAGGUACAAGCGAUGUUAGAAGAAGUACCUGAGCGAACUGAAAUUGAUCCAGUAGAUGGCUGGCUCCGACCUGGAGGUAUCAAAAGAAUACGUGAUCUUUUAGGGCAAUAUUUGAAAAAGUGGAUAUCUGAAUCAGACCCAACACAUGCAGAUAGUGGUGCUGAGUAAUAAUACUCCAUGUUGCAUUACCUCUUACUUUAAUGUAUCAUAAUUUUGCAUUUUGUCCAGAAUUUUUUUUCUUUUAUUCAAGCAAAGUAAUAAUCUUUUUUUCAUACCGUUGCAACAGUUUUCACUUAACAUUAUGUACUUGUUUCUAUUUUUCUUCUUUGCAUAGAGUUUUCUUCUUACCAUCCGUAUACUUUGUUAUACAUUUUAAUUAGGAUAUAUUCUGUCUCAGUUCAAUAUCUUUAUUUAGUGGUGUAAUUUCUGAUGGAAAUUUACUUUGUUAGUAUUGCCUUCACACUUUUUCUCAUUGUUCAUUAUUUUGUAACUGCAAAGGUUCCUGUGUAAUUUCCACUGUAAAAAAUUAUACUUAAAUGUGUUUUAUUUAA